AUGAAGGAAUAUAUAAAGUGGUCGGCGUUGUCAUGUGUAUGUUUGCUGGCCUUUGGAUGUCGUGUAUUUAGUGUCCUUCGUUUCGAGUCGGUCAUUCAUGAGUUCGAUCCUUACUUCAACUACCGAACGACUAAGUACUUGCGAGACCAUGGCUUUCAUGAGUUCUGGAAUUGGUUCGACGAGUCGGCUUGGUACCCUCUGGGACGUGUUGUUGGCCAGACCCUUUUCCCCGGCCUUAUGAUUACAGCGACUGUGCUUUGGAACUUGGCCCAGAAGGCGGGCAUUAUGCUGGACAUUCGCGAAGUGUGUGUCUUCACGGCUCCUCUCUUCUCCAUGGGCACUGCAUUCGCCACAUACAAACUCACUACCGUCGCGUCGAACUCAGUGCCGGCGGGGUUGUUUGCGGCGCUGAUUAUUGCCAUAUGUCCAUCGUAUUUGAGUCGUUCAACGGCUGGUGGGUUCGACAAUGAGGCGAUUGCGAUUUUCACUAUGGUGUUAUCAUUCUAUACAUUUCUACGAGCCUGCCGGAAGGGGAAUUUGGCUUCGGUAGUGCUGGCAUGUCUGGCCUACUUUUACAUGGUCACGGUUUGGGGUGGCUACGUGUUUAUAACUAACUGUGUGGCGGGAUACGUGUUGUGUGUGACGGCAAUCAACAGUCUUGAUGAUAAGAUGUGGCUGGCUUAUAUGGGCUGGUAUACAUUGGGUACCAUGUGGUGUUUCAACAUCCCCUUUGUUGGUGUGGGUGCGGUCAAGAGUGCAGAGCAUUUGAGUUCUCAUGUGGUCUUUGUGGUAUUGGCCGUCUGGAAGUUGAUGCAAUUGCAAAUGUUCAUGAAGAACUCAGAGCUAUGUCGCUCGCUUCUGGGUGCCAGGCGGACCGUGUUGGCGGCGUGUUUCGGAGGUCUGACGGCGCUGGCCGUGUUGGUCGUGAGUCGAGGUUGGUCUCGCUUCAGUGGAAGAUCGAUGACGUUGUUAGACCCCAGUUACGCAACCAAGAACGUGCCGAUCAUCGCCAGCAUUUCGGAGCACCAGCCGCCAAUUUGGAGUGUCUUUCACACGGAGCUCGGUCCCGGUUUCGUCUUCUGUCCCGUCGGCAUCUUCCUGGCUCUCGCCCAGAAUGAACGCAAACACCUCUGGUUCCUCGGAGUCUACGCCGUACUCGCCGCAUAUUUCUCUGCAGUCAUGAUCCGCCUCACCCUCGUCCUUGCGCCCGCCUACGCCUGCACCGCCGGAGUCGCCAUCGCACACACUCUCGCACACUGCGCGGAUACACUCAAGACGAUCCAAUCUGACCAAGACAAGUCAAUCGCAGACGACAACGAGCAGACCGCAGACUGCAACAGGCAGGCGUCAUCUACGCAAGACGUAAGUGCGCAAGACGUAAGUGCGCAAGAAGUAAGGACGCAAGAAGUAAGUGCGCAAGAAGUAAGGACGCAAGAAGCAAGGACGCAACCAACAACCACUCUACCGGCGGAGAAAGAUGAGAACAAAUUGUACGACAACGGCAGGAAACUCCGGAAGAACAAAAGGCAGGCGGCGAAUACUGCAGGCAAUAAUGCAGCCACCGUCAGUGUUGCGGCCACUGCCAGUGUUGCCACCAAGACUACGGCCAAGACUACGACGAAGAUUACGGCGAAGGGCACACUGGCGAGUGGUACCACUACGGGCGAAGUUGUGGUGCUGAAGAUGAACAAGUGUGUGGCAGUGGGAGUUGUGGCCUUCGUCUUAUUGGUGCUGUUUCGGGUGGUCACGUUGGGUGUGUUUUCAGCGGCGGCGUUGUAUUCGAAUCCUUCGAUUGUGACAGCGGCGCAGUUGCGUAAUGGAGGUACGUUGAUGAUUGACGAUUUGCGUGAAGCGUUUCAGUGGAUGGCUCAGAAUACUCACCCGGAGAGUAAGUUGUUGUCAUGGUGGGAUUAUGGGUACCAGGCUGCGUACAUGGCUGAUCGUUCGGUGAUUGUGGACAACAACACAUGGAACACGACACAUAUUGCGACAGUGGGACUGGCUCUGGCCAGCGAUCAGGACAAGGCUUAUGACAUCGUACAGAGCCUGGAUGCGGACUAUGUCUUCGUGCUCUUCGGCGGCGUAACGCGCUACAGCGGCGACGACCUUAAUAAGUUUGUUUGGAUUAUUCGCAUCGCCAGUCGCGAGUUUCCUGAUUGCCCCACGGAAGAAGAAUUCAUGUCGCCAUACACCGGCGGCUACGAAGUAGGCGAACAAGCAUCACCCACUCUACGAUCCAGUCUCAUGUAUCUUCUCUCAUAUCACAACUUCCAUCGGAACCAACAAACUCAAGGACAAGAUAUAUUACGCGCAUCCGAAAUACCAAAAACACUCCCCCUCAAACACUUUACCGAGGCAUACACCACCUCCUCCUACAUGGUCCGCAUCUACAGAGUCAACAGCCCCAGACAACGCUGA